UAAGGUUAAGUCCUUCAAGCCCAACACGCUCACUAAAUCUUCCUUCCUCUAUUUCAGGUGGGCUUGCAUGCAUGGGCUCAGGUCAGGUCUUUUCUGAAGGUGCUAACCGAGAUAACAGUGGAGUAAUCAAAGCAAAGCCCAAAUCAAACUCAGUUAAGGGCAAAAAAGAAGUUGCUCGUGCUAGGCAUCCCCAACAUUCUCCAAUCUCUGCCGCAAAUCUGAGAGAUAACGUGCUCACUCCAUCUGUUUGGUUCGCAAGUAUCUCAGCACUCAAAACUGAGGUGAAUGGAGAAUUCAUAUUCGGGGUUAACUCCAACAACAACGUGGGCGAUCUUUGUGUAAGGGAGGAUCAUGGAAAUGCUGAGAAAAAUAGCAGAAGAAAUUCGGGCUCAUCCAACAUGCACAUCAAGUUCAACAAUGGGGUUACUCCCUCUGACAGACACAACUUAGGGACAGAGGAGAGACCUGAGGUGGGAAUUUCACUCAGACAUGCCGGGAGUGGAGAAAACAAAAAAAUUGGUCUUGAAUAUUCUGCCAAAAAAUUCUGUGACUUCGAUUCUUUGCAGAGUGAAUCCGGAGGAAAGAUUGACAGUGAGGAGGAUGAUGGAACCCAUCACAGAGUUCAAUCUACUCUCAAUUGCUGCUAAGAAGAUGUUGGGAAUGCUGGGGCAAGGACAGAUGAUGGAAGUGGUGCGAAUGAUCGGAUGGAAUUUGAUGGAGGAGGCGAUAUUUCUCCUUCCAUUUGAUGUAUGUUCGCCUCCCAAUCAUUGUUUAAUCAUGAAUAUUAUUGCUUGGAAUUGUCGAGGAGCUUUGAAGCCCUCCUUUCAGAAUCAUGUUAGGGACUUGGUGCAAAACCAUGAUCCAGUUGUGAUGAUCAUUAUGGAGACCCAGAUUGGGGGUGAUCAAGCCAGAGGCAUCACUGACAAGCUUCCAUUUGACGAGGCAAUUCAUACAGAGACUAUAGGAUUCGCGGGGGGGUCUUUGGCUCCUUUGGAAUUCGGAAAGAGUUCAGUACUUCUCUGGAGCUGGUUGGAAGUCUUUGACAGAGAAGCAAAAACAAAUUUGUGUCUAUCUCUCUAUUAUGCAGCAAAUUGGAUACAGGAACUGCUCAAUGCCUUCUGUACACAAGUAGAGGGAAGAGUUGCAUGUACAAGUCAAGCUACAAAAGAGGAUACUGUUUUCAAGCUAUUGAAGCAUUUGGGGAACCUUGUGUAUGUGACUAUGUUCUCGUGCUCUUGACAAUGUUUACUCUAAGGGUCAGUUUUAUUAUUGAUGAGUUGCAAAUGUGGAGUAAAUUCUCUGAGUAGUGCUUAACUGAAAUUUUGGAUUGGCUCGGCCAGGCCUAAAUAGCCAAUGGUUCUAGCUUUAAUGGCACUUCUCCCCUA